CGCACUCCUGCCCCGCGCCAGCACCCCGGCCUACCCCUGCCCGCCUCCACCCCCACCCCCGCUUCCCCGCCCGCCGCCACCGCCGACGACGGGCCCUUGUGCGCGCCCGACGACGCGCCCCCCGAGGGCGACGGAGUAGCGGGAGCGGAGGGCGAGGAGCGCGAGAGGGACAGGGAGAAGGAGCGCGAGCGCAAGGAGGCCAGGAAGCGCAGCAACGCCAGCGCGAGCACCAGCACCGACAGCCGCGACUCCAGGCGCAGCGAAGGUAGGGACAAAGACAAGGACAAGGCGCCCAAGCCCUCCAAGAGGGACGGCAAGAGCAAGGCCGACGCCGCGGACGACGGCGACAAGACCAAAGACAAGGACGCCCUCGAAGAUUGCGCCAAGCAUGACGAUGUCGAGGCCGCCAGAGAAAAGUUGAAAACCGACGACAAAACAGAAAGGCCUAAGGAUAAAGGAAUUCGUGACAGUAGUAAAGACAAAACGAAGAGCGAGGAAAAGUCUGAUAAAGAGACUUCGAAGAAAUCCCAGAGUGAGGAUAAGAAUAAAGAACAUUCUAAAGACAAAAACAAAACGGAUGAUAAAGAAGCUGUGAAGGAAAGGUCUGAAAAGGAUGUGAUUAAAGACAAACGACACGAUGACAAGGGCAAAGAAACCAGUAAAGAAAAAAUCAGAAGUUCCGAGAAAGAAAGUGUCAAGGAUAAGCAGAGAGACGAGAAGGAUAAAGAAAAAUCAAAAUCUGAUGAUAAAAACAAGAAAGAUCUUAAUAAGGAUAAAGCAAAACAUGAGAAGAGCGAGAGAGACAGCAGUCGGGAGAGGUCCCGGCACGACGGAAAGCAAGAAAGAGGUCGAUCAAGGCAUGACGAUAAAGCAAAAGACAAGAAGGACGACAAAUCGAAAGUUGACGAAAAGAAUAAGCGAAGUGACAGAGAUAGUAGUAAGGAAAAAGCGAAGAAAGGGACGUCAGAAAGAACAAAGGAUGAAACUGAAGAUAAGAAAAAUAAAGAUAAGAGUGAACCCAAGAAAGAUAAAGAUAAAUCUAACAAAGAAAAACCCUCCAGACAUCCUGAGAAAAGCAAGCACGAGAAAAAUAAGAACGAAGAAAAGGCAAGAGACGAAAAAUCUGACAGCAGCAAGGAUUCGUCGAAGCACGACGCUAAAAGCUCGAACGACAAGUCCUCGAGCAGAGACUCCAAAAGUAAAAGCAAGGCCGAAAGCAAAGAGAGAGACGAUAGGGCUGAGAAGCGAGAAUCCAAGAAAGAGGAUCGCUCGAGGGAUAAAUCCAGGGACGAGAAAGGCGACAGAACGAAAUCGGAAGACAGAUCCGAAAAGGACAAGCAGCGGGAGGAAAGAUCCAAAGAGGAGAAGAGCGACAAAGAGAAACAGAAGGACAGGAGCAAAGAGGAGAAAGAGCGGACGCGAUCGAGGGACGACAAGGAGCGGUCGCGGGAGCGCGGGCGGUCGUCGAGCGAGGCGGCGAAGAGGGAGCGGGAGCGGGCCGGCGGCAAGGAGAACCGGCGCGAGAGCAAGCAGCAGGGCCAGGGGCAGGACGACCACUGGGCGCACCGCGAGCGCCGGCCCUCCGACGACCGGCGCUCGGCCGACCGGGACAGCAGCAGCAGCGGCGGUGGCGCCCCG